CCAUGUGGGAGAGGCGCAUUAUUUAGCGAGGGGGGGAAAAGGAUUUAACCGGGGAUCCCUCCUCGCCGCCUGCGGGGGCACGGCCGGUCGGUAACCGCGGCGUGUCGGCUCCUCCGUCCUGUGAGUUCCCCCGUUAAAACUUCUCGGAUCCUCGCUGCUGUUGCUUUCAGCUCCUUGGCCUGGUCAGAAGCCACCUGGAACCCAUGAACUUCACUGACAGAGCCUCACAAUGACAGAGGAAGCAUGCAGGACACGGAGUCAGAAACGAGCGUUAGAACGUGAAGUGACGCACAACGAUGUAGACAGCAAGAAAAUAAAGAUGGAGAAAGGACUUUUAGCAACGGAUCUAAAUGCUGAAGGCGACAUGAAAAUAAAAACGGAUCCUGGAGCUGGCAAAGUGCAAGGGUUGUUAAAAAGUGGAGAAGUGAAAGCAACCAUCAAAGUGGAGGUGCAGACGGGGGAUGAGCCAGUGGACAUGAGUACCUCAAAAAGUGAAGUGAAGAGAGAAAAGCGCGUCCCCUCGCCGGACGUUAUAGUGUUAUCGGACAACGAACCCUCCAGUCCCAGAAUGAAUGGUUUAACAAAAAUAGCAUUAAAAGAGACCAACACAGAGGCGCUCAUGAAAAGCAGCCCAGAGGAGCGUGAGAGGAUGAUUAAACAACUGAAGGAAGAGCUACGGUUAGAAGAAGCAAAGCUGGUUUUAUUGAAAAAGCUACGGCAAAGUCAAAUCCAGAAGGAGACCACGGCUCAGAAGCCUGCUGGUUCCUCUGGGAGUGCUGUGGCCACCCCUCCGCCCUUGGUGCGGGGACCGCAGAGCGUUCCUGCCGGCAAGCCGUCCCUCCAGACCUCUUCUACGCGUCUCCCAGGCACUGUUAUUCCUCCUCCCCUGGUCCGUGGAGGGCAGCAGGCUUCUUCAAAACUAGGAACUCAGCAAAACACGCAGAUAGUAAUGCCCCCUCUCGUCAGAGGAGCACAGCAAAUCCACAACAUCCGACAGCACUCCAGCACGGGGCCGCCGCCGCUGCUGCUGGCACCGCGAGCAUCGGUCCCCAGCGUCCAAAUUCAGGGACAGCGAAUCAUCCAGCAGGGUCUGAUCCGUGUCGCCAACGUCCCCAACACAAGCCUGCUCGUCAACAUUCCGCAGGCUUCACCAACUUCCAUCAAAGGUACAAACGCCACAUCCGCUAACGCUACCACAACCAGCGCUGCUUCCAUCGUCAACUCCAAUGAGUCGCCGGCCAGCCGGCAAGCCGCUGCCAAGCUUGCCUUGCGGAAGCAGCUGGAGAAGACGCUGCUGGAGAUCCCUCCUCCCAAGCCGCCUGCACCAGAGAUGAACUUCCUGCCAAGCGCAGCUAAUAACGAAUUUAUUUACUUAGUCGGGUUGGAAGAAGUUGUGCAGAAUUUGCUGGAAACUCAAGGUAAAGUUUCAAUUGCUGUAUCGUCUCGCGAGCCCUACAUGUGUGCGCAGUGUAAGACUGACUUCACCUGCCGCUGGAGGGAGGAGAAGAACGGAACCAUCAUGUGUGAAACCUGCAUGACAUCGAAUCAGAAAAAGGCCUUGAAAGCCGAGCACACCAAUAGGCUGAAGGCUGCAUUUGUCAAAGCGCUGCAGCAGGAGCAGGAGAUCGAGCAGAGGAUACUGCAGCAGACUGCGUCCCCGGUGCAGGCCAAGUCGGACCAGAUAGUGCAGCACCACUCGCUCAAGCAGACUUCUAGCCAGAUGUCCCGAGGUCCUGCGGGAGCUCCACGGGGAGUGUUGCAUGCAUUUAGCCAGUCACCCAAGUUGCAGAAUGCAUCGUCUGCAGCAGCACUUGGGAGUAGGCCAGGUAAGCAUGCUGAGAGACCGGUCAGCAAGGGCAGCGCUGCCGCCUGGAAGAAGACUUCCAUCAAUACAGGUGGGCCUUUACCCUUCGUCAAUCCUAGUUUAGCUGUGCACAAGUCCUCCUCAGCAGUAGACCGCCAGCGUGAAUAUCUCCUGGAUAUGAUUCCCCCACGGUCCAUCCCACAGUCCGCCACGUGGAAAUAAUGCAGAGGGAACGCCCGAGAGGAAGACUUUCCUGUUUCUGCCAUCCUUUUUAUACCACAUUACAGUGGAAU